AUGACCCCAAAGGUCAUGACCCCAAAUCAUGAGCCCUUUUCUGGGGGUCAUGAAGGGUCUAACAACUGUAUGUACUACAUUCAGCUUGCCGGAACGGGGCUAAACUUUUCAGUCAGUCUCGGAGCUGGCUCGAGUGCAAAAUUGGUUGGUGUCUGUACGGACGGAGCCCCCAGCAUGCUCGGCUCCAGGUCAGGAUUUAUGGCACUGGUGAAGAAGAAGAACCCAGACAUCAUUACAACACACUGCCUGAUCCACCGUGAGGCUCUUGCCUCCAAGACGCUUCCUGCUCCUCUCAAAGCUACCUUGGAAACAGUGAUCCGCAUCGUCAACCAUAUCAAAGGAGGGGCACUCAACACCAGGCUGUUUCGUAGGUUGUGCCAAGACAUGGAUUCUGCUCACCAAGAUCUACUCUUCUACACAUCUGUUCGUUGGCUGUCAAAGGGUAAUGUUCUCGCCCGUGUAUUUGAACUCUUUGAUGAAUUGCUGAUAUUUCUGGCAGCUCAAGGGAAGAAAACGGAUCAGCUGUUAAAUGACAUUCAGGGGCCAUUUAAGUGUAGUCUUGCCUACUUGGCAGAUGUUUUUGAAGCUUUGAAUGGACUCAACCGGCAACUACAGGGCCCAGAUACCACUAUCAUAAUGCAUACCGAUGCCAUCAAGGCUUUCCUCGACAAGUUAGCUCUCUGGAAGAGGAAAGUUGAAAGGGGAAAUGUAGCUUCCUUUCAGCGUCUGAACGAGGUCAUCGGAGAAGAACCACUUGCCGAGGAGCUGCAACAAGAGAUCAAGGAACACUUGAUAAUCCUCCAAGAAGAGUUCAAACGCUAUUUUCAUGAAACUGAUAUAAAUGAAAAUGUACAGCUGACACUUGCUCGCAAUCCUUUCUGAUGCACUGUGGAUGAACUUCCUGAUGACAUACAAGAGGAAUUCUUGGAGCUCAUCAACAACACCGC